AUGGGUGACGACAGAGCUGAGCGUCGCCAAUCUCCCUACGGAGUCUCGAAAAGAGCAAGACAGGCGUGUGGAAAUUGCCGUCGCAAAAAGUCUAAAUGUACAGGAGAGAAACCAGCAUGUUCCUUCUGUGUGCGACUACAACAAGAUUGUGUCUAUGCACGCCAUCAACAUAGCCCGAGUAACCAUGAAGAGGAUCUGCGAGGAUCGGAGCUCGCCACGUCACAUGGGACGCGCUUGAGCGCGAUCGAGACCCAAUUAAAGCAGAUGGCAGCUGCAAUCGAUGAUACACAACCGCCUUUUUCUAAAGCGAUUCUUUCUGAGGGCAUCAAAUUAUUUUUUUCGGAGUACUACAAUCAACCUUGUCCCCUUCUUUCUGAACUCUACACGUUUAAUCCAGAAACCGACGAUCCUCCUCCAUCGAUAAUUCUCUAUCCCAUGCUAGCAUUAAGCAUGCGUUCCUCCCACACCUAUCUCAACGAAGGAGUAUCAAAAUGGGAACUACUGGAUCGCUUUACACGGUCCUCAUGGGAUUUAUUCGCCGAGGCAUACAGCGCGUUUGACUUUAAUGACGAGUAUCUGCUAGGGCUUUGUAUCCUAGUGCAAGUGGACGCCGGAGACGGCAGAAUGGAAAGAGCUAGAACUCAGGUGUCGCUGGGAUUACAGGUAGCCCAAAGUCAAGGAUUGCUGAGCGCUGAUUCGCUCGAUGGGCUUGAGCCCAUCAUUCGUACUCGCCGGCAAGAGAUUGUGUGGUCUCUAUUCUUACUUGAUCGGAUGAUGCUCGGGGCCAGCUCACGAUAUCCAUCUCUACCUUCAGCGGCAUUCGAACUCCCUCUCUGCGGAAACGGGCCCACUCCUCGAAACUGGAAUCCGCAAAUGCAGAGUGCUACCUCUUCGAUUGUGCGACUUCACACCGAGGCGAAUCACGUGCAGUACAGUGUUUUGUCGUUAAAUAUAAAGAUAAUGAGUAUCUGGGAAAAUGUUAUCGUCGACGUGACUCGGUCUCCUUCAGAUACUGACGUGCCACUAUGGCGCCAUAACUCUCCAAGAGCUUCUUUGCUAACACAAAUUAUGGAAUUUGAGACUAUCUGCCAAAUGUCUUUUCACCAUUAUUCCAGCACAGGCCCUCCAACUCGUGUCCUGGUUGAUCCAUCGCUUCGAGAUUAUUUUGUGGUGUGGAUUUACUUCCAGCUCGUUCUCUCUGUCACACAGUGCUGUUUGAACCACCCCUUCAUCAUUUACACUCAGACGAUUCAUCACAGGCAUGUAAUGCCCAUAACCUUCCUCCAAAAGUCGUAUGAACAAUCAAUGAUCUAUGCAAAUUGGGUAGCUCGACUCCUCGAUGACAUAGAAAAUGCGCAUUUAGCUGUCCGAAACCCUUUUCUAGGUCGCCUGGUCGCCAUCGCCGCAUCUAUCCAUCUCGAAUAUACAAUUAACCAGAACCCCAAAAUUGCAGUCCCCGCGCGAAUGAAGUUUGAGCGGUGUGUCAAUUUCGUGAAGAGGGUGGCGCAAGAGUGGCCAGACAUGAUGAAAACCGUAAGCGGGAGCCUUUCAUUUGUCCCAAAGUGCAUGUAG